GCUACCCGUCUGCAAAGGAAAAACGUCGAAAGAUUUCUUUAGCCCAUAGAAUAGAAUCAUAGAUAGAUGUAUCUAAAAAGAUUUUAUUUUUUAUUUUUGUUAUGCCUCCAAACACCCCAGUUUUGUAACCCAAGCAAUCGGCCUCAGCCCAAACCCAACCCAUCAAAUUCCCGGAGUGAGCGCCUUAACACGGCAAAAUGAGAGAGAAUCCCAGAGCCGAAGCCGAACGAUUACUGGGAAUCGCCGAGAAGCUCCUGCGCAACCGAGAUCUAGGUGGGUCCAGAGACUUCGCCAUCUUGGCUCAGGAGACGGAGCCCCUUCUUGAUGGGUCCGAUCAGAUCUUGGCCGUGGUGGACGUCCUUCUCGCGGCGGAGAAGCACAUAAACAAUCACCACGACUGGUACGCUAUCCUCCAGGUUGAUCGCCGGUCUGACGACCAGGAUCGCAUCAAGAAACAGUACCGCAGGCUCGCGCUGCUCCUCCAUCCGGACAAGAACAAGUUCCCGUUCGCCGAUCAGGCUUUCAAGCUCGUCGCCGAUGCCUGGGCAGUCUUCAACGACCACGCCAAGAAGUCUCUAUAUGACAACGAGCUCAGCCUCUUCGCCAAGGUCGAUCUGAGCUUGGGCGGUAGGAGAGACCAUCACGGGGAGAGCAACAGUAAUUACACUAGCGGCGGGAACGAGGGUCCGGAUGAUCAUCGACUGAGACUGUCGAGCUUCUGGACCAUGUGCCCCUACUGUUACCACCUGUACGAAUACCCUAGAGUUUACGAGGGGUGUUGCUUGCGGUGCCAGAAUUGCCGGAGGGCGUUCCAUGCGGUGCUGAUCCCAUCGCUGCCACCGCUGGCACCGGGCCAGACGGCCUACUACUGUUCCUGGGGCGUCUUUCCGAUGUGCUUCGUGAUGACGGACAGCGCAGGGAAGGAUGCCUUGGCGGAUGGCGCGGCGGUUCGAAAUUGGAUGCCCAACGCACCGUCGCAAGAGAGUGGUGGGAAUGAUGGGACACCGUUGAUGGCGGCCGGAAGGGAGGGUUCAGCGGUGCGUGGUUUGGGUGGGAACUCUUCGGAACCCAGCAAAAGGAAGAGAGGAAGGCCCCGGAAGUCUACCGUGCAAACCCGAUAAGCAAUGGGACUAAUAUUUAUGACCGAAGGAUAUUGCUCUUUGGUGAAGGCUGAAGAGGAGUUUGGUUGGGGGGAUUCAAAGAGCGCCAAUGGCGACUGAUGGAGGAUGUUGGAAUCAAAUGUGAGACGGGGUUGGGUCUAGGGGGCGAUGGUUUUCAUGUUUUGCGGGAGAAAAUGGGUUGGGUCUGUCUUUGUACUAUAUAAGUGUACUUGUGUUGUCGUCUGUAGAUUUCAGGUGCUCUUCCUUAAAUUGAGUGGCCCAUUAUCAAACCGUACAUUUUAUUAGCAAA